CGCCAUUAGUUGUCUAAAAAUCCAAUUGCACUCCUACCUCGGCUGCGCAGACGCUAAGACAUUGUUACCAGACCAGCAACUUCAACCACCUCACAAAUCUGAAAUUCUAAGAAGAAGAAGAAGAGAAGCACUGCCCAACUUCUCUUCUUCUUCUUCUUCAAAUAAGAAACUCCUGCGCCAAUUAAAUUCGCCCAAAUCAUGACGGACCAAAACACUCGAAGCACCAACGCGGAUUCCAAGAAAUCAAUCCCACCGUACAUGAAGGCGGUCUCUGGGUCGUUCGGAGGGAUGGUAGAGGCGUGUUGCUUGCAGCCGAUCGAUGUUAUUAAGACUAGGCUUCAACUGGAUCGUACCGGGACUUACAAGGGUAUAAUCCAUUGCGGCUCCACCGUGGUGCGCACGGAGGGCGUGCGGGCCCUGUGGAAGGGUUUGACACCAUUCGCGACGCACCUGACCUUAAAGUACUCGUUACGCAUGGGAUCAAAUGCGGUGCUGCAGUCCGCGUUUAAGGACUCGCAGACCGGCAAUCUCAGCAAUCAGGGAAGGAUGUUGGCCGGGUUCGGUGCGGGGGUUCUUGAGGCACUUGUUAUCGUUACUCCAUUUGAGGUGGUGAAAAUAAGACUGCAGCAACAAAGAGGAUUAAGUCCUGAGCUUCUAAAAUACAAGGGUCCCAUCCAUUGUGCUCGUACGAUCAUCCGUGAGGAAGGUCUCUUUGGGCUCUGGGCAGGGGCAGCCCCUACUGUAAUGCGGAAUGGUACCAACCAGGCUGCCAUGUUUACUGCAAAAAAUGCAUUUGAUAUAUUGUUGUGGAAGAAACAUGAAGGUGAUGGUAGAGUACUUCAACCAUGGCAGUCUAUGAUAUCAGGAUUUCUAGCUGGAACGGCAGGUCCAGUGUGUACGGGCCCCUUUGAUGUUGUUAAGACAAGGCUGAUGGCUCAAAGUCGAGAGGGGGGUGAGCUGAAGUACAAAGGUAUGUUCCAUGCCAUCAGAACAAUAUACGCCGAGGAAGGGCUUCUCACCUUGUGGAAAGGAUUGCUACCCCGCCUCAUGAGGAUCCCACCUGGCCAGGCUAUUAUGUGGGCUGUGGCCGACCAAAUUACUGGAUUUUAUGAAAGGACAUAUCUUCACAAUGCGCCCUUAUAGGUAUUUGCAUUGUUUUGGUUCUUAAUUCCAUUCCAAGCAUGAAGUUUAGUCAGGAGUUGUUUAUGUUUUUGCCGAAGUAGUUUUGGCUUUGUGGACCAAUGCAGAUACCGUAUUUGAUACAUCAGAUCAGUAGAUGUAGUCUUUUGGGGUUUCAUUUCAUUCUUUUCUAGUCCAGGGUAAUUUCCAGAUCAGAGCACUGAAAUAAAUCAUCAAAUUUUUUUCUUUCU